UUUUCCAUAAAUAAAUAAAGGCUAUAUAGGGAGGCACCGCGGGACAAGUUUAGAGAGCAGCUUGAGGCAAGAAAAUGCUGCUCGGAGACGGCUGAGGAAGGAGAUUGUAUCAAUAGUCCUAAAUAUUCUACCCCAUCUUAUCUUAUCAUAUCAGAUUCUUCCUUCUAAAACCUCUUACAUGUUGCUUGUUCAGUUCUUGGUGAAUUUAAUUAUUACUAGAGAGAGCUCAAAACAAGAAGAAAAUCCUGCACAAGUUAGCCAAAGAUGCGGAGCAUGGCGAGCUCCAGCUCCAAUAAAGGCAUCGCAGCCAUUGUAGGCGUGGGACCGAAGCUCGGCCGGACCAUUGCCCGCAAGUUUGCCCAUGAAGGCUACACGGUUGCCAUCCUUGCCCGUGACUUAGGGAGGCUAUCAAGAUUUGCAGAUGAGAUAGCAAGGGAGGAGAAAUCUCAAGUUUUUGCAAUCAGGAUAGACUGCUCGGAUUCAAGAAGUGUGAGAGAGGCAUUUGAAGGUGUUCUUUCACUUGGAUUUGUAGAAGUACUUGUGUACAAUGCGUAUCAACCAGCAGUCUAUCGGCAACCCACCAACUUCACCCAUAUUCCCGCCGACUCUUUCGAGAAGUCCCUCGCUGUCUCCUCCGUCGGUGCCUUCCUUUGUGCCCAACAGGUUCUUCCGGGCAUGGUGGAAAGAGGGAAAGGGACAAUUCUAUUCACGGGUUGUUCAGCUUCUUUAAAUGGCAUUGCUGGUUUCUCUGAGCUCUGUUGUGGAAAGUUUGCCUUGAGAGCUCUAUCACAAUGUUUAGCCAGUGAGUUUCAGUCUCAAGGUGUGCACGUUGCCCAUGUUAUCAUCGAUGGUGUGAUUGGCCCUCCUAGGGGACCAUCAAGCUCUCAGAGAACGUCAGUUGGGGAACAACAACAACAAGAACAACAAGGUAUGGGUGGAAUUGGAGAGAUGAUGAUGGACCCAGACUCGCUGGCUCAAACCUACUGGCAUUUGCAUGUUCAAGACCGGACUGCUUGGACCCAGGAGAUCGACCUCCGUCCCUCUUACUCCAUCAACCCCGGAUUCUACUAGUCCAAUGCUACCUCGCCAAGAUUUCCCUUCUAUCAUUCUAUGAUCGUCGUUAUCACAAUCGUGAUCUGUUUCUUUGAUCUGCUAUGCUUUCUCUCUUUAUGCUUGGUUAUCAUCGUUGUUUAUGGUUCUUCUCCUAUUCAUAAGGCCACGCUGUUUUAUCCCUUGGUCAUGUGAUGAUAGGUUCACGGUCUCUUUCUGAAUCCUCUUGGAGGAUGCAUCCACGUAGAGAGUCCCGGAGUCUCUCCAAGUGGGCAGAACUGGACAGUGUUCAAAGUUACCGUCUCUUCUUGGGUUUUGAAGCCCUUCCACUUUAGCACCUUCGGGGCUUGAGUGGCUUGUACAUAUAUUCUCUUCAAGUGUGAAGAAAGAACUGGUUUUGGUGAUUAUCAUGCUAUAUUGAAAGCUUAAUUUUCUUUUCUA